CAAGGCGCAAAGGCAUCCGAAGGCCACUUCACCUGUGUGAUGACUUUGACUGUGUGAAGUUGGACAGAGAGUCGGUCCGGAUGCUCGCUGCUCUGCGGUGAGCUGCCCAGCUUAGCUGACAGUCGAUUACAGCUGAAAGAGCAGUUUAAGAAAGAAGGAAAGAGAAAGAAGCACUUUGACGCUUGUUUUGUGAACUCCUGCGCGCCCCGUUUGUCCGUUCAGCGCCUGGCCUCGGACACACCGACUUGUUGCCCCGGCUGAGCUCUGAGGGGGCCACGGCUGCUGUGUUGCGUGUCCGACCUACAAGUCAGCGACAGGACUUAAAAGGCUGCUGUAAGGAUGAUGUCCUACAUAAAGCAACCCCAUUACACCAUGAACGGGUUAAACGUGCCUGCCCCUGGAAUGGAUGUGCUUCACACAACCGUCGCUUAUCCACCCACUCCCCGGAAGCAGCGCAGGGAGCGCACCACCUUCACCCGCACACAGCUGGACAUCCUGGAGGCGCUCUUCUCAAAGACCCGCUACCCAGACAUCUUCAUGAGAGAGGAAGUGGCCCUCAAGAUCAACCUGCCAGAGUCACGUGUCCAGGUUUGGUUUAAAAACCGCCGUGCCAAGUGCCGCCAGCAGCAGCAGCAGAGCAGCGGCCAGUCCAAGCCCCGGCCUCCCAAAAAGAAGGCCUCGCCAGCGCAGGAGCCUAGCAUUCCUGAUCCCGUUCCUAACCCAUCUGGCUCAUUCAGCCCCUCCUCAGCCCAGUCGGGCCCCAGCCUGGCCCCAAGCUCCAGCACCGGAAACACUGCUGUGUCCAUCUGGAGCCCAGCCAUCUCACCCCUGCCAGACCCCUUGGCCUCCUCCUCGGCACCCUGCAUGCAGCGGCCCUCACCUUACCCUAUGAGCUAUGGCCAGCCGUCAGCCUACACCCAGGGCUAUGCCAGCACAACCUCCUACUUCACUGGCCUGGACUGCAGCGCCUAUCUGUCCCCCAUGCAUUCACAGUUGUCAGGCACCGGAGGUGCUCUCAGCCCCAUUGCUGUGCCCUCUAUGGGGGGCUCCCUAAGCCAGUCCCCAGCAUCUCUGUCUUCACAGGGCUACAGCACUGCCUCUUCCCUGGGCUUCACCUCUGUCGACUGCCUGGACUACAAGGACCAGCAGGCCUGGAAGCUGGGCUUCACCACAAUGGAUUGCCUGGAUCACAAGGACCAAAACUCCUGGAAGUUCCAGGUUCUCUAGAAAGGGUGUCAACAUGCCACAUGCAUCAGUGAAUCCCAUGUAAGAUAGGGCAAAGCAGUUCUCAGUUUGGCAUUUGUAAGAUUUUCUGUAGGAAAUGCAUUUGAUUUAAAAGGUUUGGAGAUGAACAAAUGAAUGACUGUCAUCGAUGCUGCCUGACUGCAAAUCAUGUCUGUUUUCUUCUUCGUGUUAUCUUAAAUAAGAGAACAAACGCCUUUAAACAGUUUGAAGGAAAAGACUGGAGAAACAACACAAGCUAUCUCUUUCUCUCGCGCACACACACACAGACACACACACACACACACACACACACACACACACACACACACUUUUUUGUGUUCCGUUUGCAUAGAGUGAAAGGAGAGCUUUUUGUCCUGGAGGAGCUCCUGUAGGUCCUCCUUCAGGGUUACUUUAUUUUGAGCUAUUUAUUAUUAUUAAUAUUAUUAUUUGAAGUUCCAUUUGAAUAUCUAAUUUGACUGCAUUUAGAUCUUUUUUAGCUUUCGUGUUAAGUAUUACAGUGUUCACCUUUAGUGUCAUCAUCUUGAUCUGUUUGAUGGAGAAAAAAAUAGAUUUUCUGUUUUAAAUGUGACACAUUAAAGUGAUCUAUUCUUUA